AUGGUCUCCAAGCGCUCUUCACUCGCCAUGGGAGCUCGGAAGCGAAGACAAUUGCUUCCGACGCCGCCGACCUGCCACGCCAACUUCGUCUGGGACGGCCGGGCUGUCGUACUGCACCUGCUCGCAUUCGACUCACCGAUCUGCACCACGUCGCUCACUACCGCACCGACCGAUUUGCCCGAGUUAGACAGUCGGCCAUUCCGACAAGAUAGCGCUAGUCACGGAACGCGGCGCGGCACGGACCUCGAACUGAUGCAGAGACAGAGUCUACCUCGUCGGUGGAAGGAGCGUCGAGCACACGGGCAAGAUACCCGGCUCGGAGGAUCGGAGGAUCGGCCGAGUGUGGCGCUGCUCGGCGACGCCUCUACCAGGAAUAGCCGCCUUGCCCUCGUCCGCGCCUUCAGCGAGCUGGCAUUCGAAGUGGCGGCUGCCGGUGUGGCCGCAUCCGCAUCGUUGUACUGGCCUCAAACGCAUUCGCCUCGCAAAGGACGAUCACGGGCAAGGACAAGACGAGCCCUUUGUCGAGCCUGCAAAGCAAAGGCGACAUGGGCCGACAGGCGCGGCCUGCCCACCAGCAUCUGCACGCAGUGA